AGUUUCUUGCACCGAGAAGGAAAAACUGCUGAAGUCAUGAGGCUGCUCCAGGCAGAGCCCUCAUGUGGGUCAUAUGAAAUCUCUAGCAUUGCUGACCUCGGGCAGGAGGGAGUGACAAGGACGGGAGAGGCAGAGGGGAGAGGUUCGAGCACGGGUUUUCUCCUUGAACCUAGAAGAUUAUGGGUCAAGAGCUGUGUGCAAAGACUCUCCAGCCUGGAUGCAGCUGCCAUCGCUGUUGGGAGGGAGGCGAUGCACACAGCUGUCAGAGGAGCGUGCCUGUGACGAUGGAGGCUGCGAUCGAGCUAACAGAUCUAAAGGAAGCGUCAGGUUCCAUGACUUCAUUUCACCCCAGGGGACUUCAGGCUGUCCGUGCACGGAAGUUCAAGAGUAAAAGGCCACGGAGUAACAGUGAUUCUUUUCAGGAAGAGGAUCUGAGGCAGGGUUUUCAGUGGAGGAAGAGCCUCCCUUUUGGGGCAGCCUCAUCCUACUUGAACUUGGAGAAGCUGGGUGAAGGUUCUUACGCUACGGUUUACAAGGGGAUUAGCAGAAUAAACGGACAACUAGUGGCUUUAAAAGUCAUCAGCAUGAAUGCAGAGGAAGGAGUCCCAUUUACAGCUAUCCGGGAAGCUUCUCUCCUGAAGGGUUUGAAACAUGCCAAUAUUGUGCUCCUGCAUGACAUAAUCCACACCAAAGAGACACUGACAUUCGUUUUUGAAUACGUGCACACAGACCUGGCCCAGUAUAUGUCGCAGCACCCGGGAGGCCUUCAUCCUCACAACGUCAGGCUUUUCAUGUUUCAACUUUUGCGGGGCCUGGCGCACAUCCACCACCAACACGUCCUUCACAGGGACCUGAAACCUCAGAACUUACUCAUCAGUCACCUGGGAGAGCUCAAACUGGCUGAUUUUGGUCUUGCUCGGGCCAAGUCCGUUCCCAGCCAGACAUACUCUUCAGAAGUUGUGACACUCUGGUACCGCCCUCCUGAUGCCUUGCUGGGAGCCACUGAAUAUUCCUCUGAACUGGACAUAUGGGGUGCAGGCUGCAUCUUUAUUGAAAUGUUCCAGGGUCAGCCUUUGUUUCCUGGGGUUUCCAACAUCCUUGAACAGCUGGAGAAGAUCUGGGAGGUGUUGGGAGUCCCUACAGAGGAUACCUGGCCUGGAGUUUCCCAGCUACCUAACUACAAUCCAGACUGGUUCCCCCUGCCUGAGCCUCAGAGCCUUCAGAACGUCUGGAGCAGGUUGGGCAAGGUUCCUGCAGCUGAAGACCUGGCUUCGCAGAUGCUCAAAGGCUGUCCCAGAGACCGCGUCUCCGCCCGGCAGGCGCUGGUUCACGACUAUUUCAGCGCCCUGCCCGCCCAGCUGCACCAGCUUCCUGACGAAGAGUCUCUGUUUACGGUUUCAGGAGUGAGGCUAAAGCCAGAAAUGUGUGACCUUUUGACCUCCUACCGGAAAGGUCGUCACCCAGCUGGGUUGAGCAAAUGCUGGUGAAAAGAAAGGCGACAUCACCACGAUCCUUCCAGGGCUACAUUACUGCUGUUUCGGUUUUAAUUUGCUUGAGUUUACUAGGAAGCUUCAAAUCUAACUCCACAUUGGACCAGGGAUUUGUACCAUCACCUGUGACCUAGAAUGUUUUUGGUUUUUUUUUUUUUUUUUUUGCUAAGGAAGACUCACCCUGAGAUAACAUCCUCUGCCAAUCUUCCUCUUUUUG